CUAUUUUGUGUCCAGCCGGGAGCCGCGAACGAUGAUUCAUGGCCCCAAUUAGGGGCUCUCUCCAGCGCGCCGGGCUCGAGCCAUCUGAAGGGUCUCCUCGGGGACCCACGGAAACCCAUCAGUGGCUACAGCUGGUCUUUAAGUUAAAGGUCAAGCAGGACGCGGGAGGAGCCAGGCUGUCUUUUCCAAACCAACUCCUGCUCUUAUCUUUGUGGUCUUGGCUGAGUGUCUUCCCCAAGAGACUUCCCUGCCUUCUCCAUUUCAAUAGCCUUGAAGACUGGAAGCAGAGGGACCACUUUCCAUCUCUGGGGCCUAAGACGAACGAGGCAGAGAUGUCAUUUCUGCUGACAUGGAUGCAAAGAGCAGAGGAGCCAACAGCCAGCCAGGGUCAGGAGAUGCAGGCCCACCUGCAGGAAUCAAGUCUAGAUACCGAAGCUCAGCACUCAAGGCUCUCUCAGGCCUCUCCACAAGUUGCAGCCUUCUUCCCGGCCAGGCCCCUCUCUGACUCCAAACGUUCCAGUCCUGACUGAGGCCUUUGUCUCGGCCAUCCCGCCUCCUAGAAGACCAUUACCCCUGUCUCUCGCUGUCUCAGCUCCUAGUCGGCCCAGUUUAUUUUGUGCUAAUCACAAUUGAUUCUGACAGCUCCUCCAGCUCUAAUGUUGAUUGACACUUCCUGGGUCCCGAAUGCUGCCCUCGCCGUUCCCAAGGGAAGGUGUGCAUGUGUGGUCAAGACAGUCACACCCGCCUCAGUCCUGGCCCUGCCUCUGCCAUGAGGCUCUGGGGGCCUCUGGUGCCCCACUGAUAAAAUAAGGAUGCUACCUCCCCGAGAGUGGCCCUGUGGCCUGGUACAUAAAGCACAGUGCCUGGCGGAUCAGAAGGGAUCCAUGAACGUUAACCAUCUUCAUUGCGAUUGGCAGAAUAAUGGCUCCAAAGAUGCCCAUGCCCUAAUCCCUGAAACCUGUGAGUCGGUGGCCUCACAGAGCAAAGGGACUUUGCAGAUGGUAUCAAGUGAGGAUCUUAAGAUGGGGAGAUUGUCCUGGAUUAUUCAGGGGGCCGAACAUCAUCGCAAGGGUCCUUGUAAGAGGGACGCAGGAGAGUCAGAGUUCAGAGAUGUGAUGACAAAGGCAAAGGUCAGAGAGAGAGAAAGAUGCGAAGAUGCCACAUUGCUGGCUUUGAAGAUGGAGAAAGAAGCUACAAGACAAGGCAUGGAGGUGGCCUCUAGAAAGUCAGAAAGGCACAGAAAUAGACUCUUGCAGAGCCUCCAGAAACCGUGUCCUCUAGCGUCCUGCCAACACC